AGAAAACUUGCUAACUUAAUUGUACAUGCUUCUAUUGCAGAGGAGAAAUUAAUACCCUACUGAUCAGAUGUUGAUAAAAGGAAGGAAAGUCACCAGCAGAGGGGAAGAGAUGACAGCACACUAUGCUUUCAGUCCCCUUGAAGAUGACACCAUCAUCAAACAUAGGCUUCUCACCCGCACAACAACCACAAGGGGGGAGCCCCCCUUGAAGAAACUUCAGAAAAAGUUCAUCUCUUUUGCACUGGAGGUCGAUAAGGAUUCGGAUAACUAUAGUGACUGUGAGAAGAUGUAUAAAUCCUUUUUGCAGGAAAUGAACACCUUUGAACUUCCACUUCUCAAGAGCAAGGCUGUUAUUGAUGCAAACCUUAGGGAGAAGGAAAAUUUCAAUGAACUGCAAGAAGAGAUACAACGACAGAUUUUGCAGGCACAAGCUGACAUAGAAGAUCUGAAAAAGCAGCUUGAAGAGAGUAAGAUUGAAAGGCAACACAAAGAGGAGUGUGAAGCAAUCAGAAGAUUAAUUGCUAUGCAGCCCCCAAGAUCAGAAACCCAGAAGAUAAUAUCAGAACUUGAGAAAGAGAUUGCAUCAUUGGAAGCUGAAAAUACUGCUGGUUCGAGGACUUUGGAGCUUCGCAAGAAACAGUUUGCUCUUCUGUUACAUGUGGUGGAUGAGUUGCAGAAUACCAUAGAGGAGGAGCAGAAAAAUUUGGCCGAGGAACUGAGGACUUCUAUGGAAGAGCAGAAGAUUAGCAUGGAGGAUGUUAGUGGUGGUUCGGAAGCCAUGGCUGUAGAUUAAAGAUACUGUCAUAUUACAGGGUUUUGUAUGCUCAAACUGAGGAUAUUUUGCCCUUUUGAUGCCUAGAAAUGGGAGAAAUGUUGAGGGAAAUUUGGAGUUUGAAAUGUAUGAAACGUGAGAUGUGUCCAGAUUUUUGUGCUUAAUGACUUGUGAUAUCUUUCAAACGUAGUAUUCAUACAUAACACUUUGGAUCUUAAAUCACACUUAUAGAGGAGUGGCAACAUGAGAGCUUUCUUUGCCAUACCUAAUUAGCAUAUCAAUGGGACUGCUUGACUUCAUUUCUGAA